AUGCAUCACCCCGAGAGUCAACCAGAGGCACAACCUCCUUCGAUUCCGUCUACAGCGGAUCUUUUGAAAGAGUUCGAAUCCACGUUAUCUGGACUAAACCCUGACGGCAGCAAAGAUACGGAAAACAAUGUGCCGCACACAAACGAAAGUUUGCUUACACAAGAGCCUUCCGCGACGAAACUAGAUCAAGGGGGGGAUGAGAUUGGGGACGGAGUCACACAACAAAGCGAAACUGCAUCCUGGGCAUCUCGAAGUAUCCCACGUCCGCUUUCAACGGCAGGUACCCAUACCGCCAAUGAAAACGAGAGCAACCCAGCUGCAGUCGUACUCACUGGUGAUCUCAUCAAUGCCGAAAGCGCUCCAAUGCCUAUGCCGGCAGUGACGGACCUCCUGCAGGACUUUGAAACGACUUUGAAUCGUUUGGCAGAAGCUCCAGAGGAAGCCCGCGCGAACGCCGAGCCUGACAGGAGUCUUUUGCAAGGUGCCGCCUCGGACAACCGUGCUCUCUCUCCCCAAGUUGAAACCUCAUAUGAGUUUCACCCUGUUGCCCAAAUCCCUGCGGGCUCCAUAGAAAGGUACUCGUCCACUCUAGACGGCUCCGAAAGGGGAUCACACCAGACGGAGCCCGACACGAGCGAUUUGAUGUAUGAAUUCGAAGAGACUCUUAAGCGGUUGUCGGGAGCUGAGGACGGGAACGAGAGCAUUCCUCCUUCCAUUGCAGCUGCGAUUCCCUCUGAACAUGGCGAAGUCGUAGAAUCGGCAAAUGUUGGCGCAGCCAGCAGUCUAUCGGAGCAUGGAAGACUCUCGGCCGAAACUACGGCGUUAGUUCACGAAUUAGAAGAAGCAAAGGAACAACUCAAGCGGUCCCUUGUUGGCAACAAUGAAUUGCAGAAGUCCUUGGAAACGCUACGCGAAGAAGCUCACAGCGCAAGGUGCGAGAAGGUUGCUGCCGUGACUGCGCUCCAGAAAUUCGAGGAACAAAAGGAGCUUGUUCUGUCUUUCAACAAUGGCCUUCUCGAACAGAUUUCUUCUCUGGAAAAGAAUAUGAAAGAGAAGGAAUUGCUCGUGCGAGAUGGAAAAGAAAAAUACGAUACCUUAGUAGCUCAGAAGACGUCUCUGGAGUCCCAGCUCAACCAGGCAAGGCAAGAAAAAGAGCAGCUGGAAGUUGCCUUGUCAGAAUCUAGAGCGGCAAUCGUCACAAGCGAGGCAAGAGUAGCGGAGGCGGUUGAUUCCGUGAUGAGGAUGAAGGUAGAAAUUGACGUUCUUGUCCAGUCGAAAGAUGAUGAAAAGCGGGCCAGUGCCUUGAGGGAGGAAAAACUAGCAGAGGAGAAUGAGGGUUUGAUCGAUGAAUUGAUAAAAACUCGGGCAGCAUGCGAAGAGGCAUCGGCUCGAUUAGAAGAAAAAUCUGCGCUGAUUCUUGGUUUCGAAGAAGAGCGAAAGAAGCAUCUUCAGGAUAAUCGCAUUCUCACCAGGUCGUUGGAGGAGGCGCAGGCGGAUGCAGCCGCAAGAGUUGCACAACUGGAGGAGUCAAUGACCGUCAACGAUAGGCUAAUUGUCAACAUGAAAAUGCAGAUGGAUUCCCUUCGAGGGAUGUAA